UUUGAUACGUUGAAAAUUGGAGUUCAAUUCAAUAUUUAUAUUAUUCUGUGCAAAAUCGGUAGAAUUUUAAUGAUACAUUGAGGGCAACAAUGUCCAUACAAAAAGAAAAGAAAUGGUUCAAGCCAAUCUUCGACUUCGAAGAUGAUGUUCCUCCUGCGAAGCGGCGAAAAAGCAAAGAUGGAACCUUGCCUAAUUCUAGAACCCCCGUCAAAGAAAAUAUGUGCAGUAACACAUCGGCUACUACUGAUAAAACUCCUAUUAACAUUGAUCACAAGAAUUGGAUGAAGAACUUUGAUCCAGUGACAAUAGAAGACUUAGCUGUUAAUAGUAAAAAGAUACAAGAAAUUGAGGACUGGUUAAAAUUCAAUAUUCAACACAAUAAUAGUGAGAUAUUACUUCUCACUGGGCCUGUAGGGUGUGGGAAGACUAUUACAGUGCGGACACUAGCUGCUAAAUACAAAGUAAAAGUCACAGAGUGGAUUACACCCCUGGAUAUUGAUAUACCUACAGAAUAUGGAGAUUACCAGUUUAAAGAAAAACAAUCUACUAAAUUCCUUGAUUUUAUAUUGAACGCAGCUAAUUUUACAUCUCUAUUGGAUAACAACAGCAGCAAACUGGUGUUGGUUGAAGAUUUACCAAAUACAUUUAUAAGAACACCGUCUGAAUUUAGUGAUGUUCUACACCAUUAUAAACAAAGAGCUAAAUCACCCAUAGUUUUUAUAUGCUCAGAAAGUCAUACGGAUAGUAAGAAUACUGCUGCAAAUCUAUUUACACCAAGUUUGAAGGAGCAAUUCAAGAUACAUCACAUCGCAUUGAAUGCAGUAUCAGUUACAGGACUAAAAUCUGCCUUAAAGCGAGUUUCAGAAAUCAUUAGUAAAAAUCAUACCACCAUGUACAACAAACCAACAGCCGAGCUGGUAGACUGUGUUGUUAAUUCUUCCGCGGGGGAUGUAAGAUCGGCAGUGUUGAACCUACAUUUUGCCUGUCUAAAGGGUUCCUAUCAAAGUUUAGAGACUGAUGUAAUUAUUGAGAAGGAAACGAAAAGUAAGAAGACUGUGAAUAAUAAGAAAAAGCCACCAUCAAGUAAAUUCGUAUCCCUAGGGAAAGACCAAACUGUUAGCAUUCUGCAUGGCGUAGGAAGAGUACUAAACCCAAAAGUUGUGAUAAGCGAAAAUGGAAGCAAACAGUUGACACACCGCCCUACAGAGAUAAUAGAUCAAUUUUUAAGUCAGCCAAGUUCGUUUGUGAAUUUCCUUGAAGAAAACUAUUUGAGUCACUACUCCUCGAUCGACCAUGUGGUUGGAGCAGCCCUAAGCCUGAGUGACGCAGACUUCAUGCUGGGAGAGUGGCGGGAAAAGAUGUGUCAAGAACAUGGACUAUACACUGCUGUUGCUGGACUGAUGGUAGCUAAUAAGGCACCAGUCUCUGCAUGGAAUCCAGUUAGAGGGCCAAAGAACAUGAAAAUUCAAUACCCAUCACUGCAAGAAUUAGCUUUAUUAGAACCAAACUAUUUAUACAAGGGAAAAGUCUUAGUAGCAGAUUAUCAAACAUACUGUAAAAUAAUAGGCAAACAACAAUGACAUUAGGGUAU